GUCGACUCGGGGCCUCGGCUAGGAGUUUAUUUCUCUGCCAUCUCGAACUCCGACACUUCCCAGCAUUAUCACCUCGCCUGCCCGCCCUUUAGGUUAUCGUGUCCGCAAUCUGGAUUGGUGUCCUUGGAUUUCCUCUAUGGAAUCUCAGCCGCUUUCACAAUCUGAAUCUCCGUUGGGUCAGCCGCCAGGCGGCGCUCCGGCGCACGAGGACACGGUGUCGAAAUUCCAACCCUCGAUGGUGGAGCAAUUUGAGAGACUGGGGUCGUAUCCGUUCAGUGAUGAUCCCGAAUUUUCUCAAGGUCUAUCGGUGAUACUCGGUCACCCCAAUGUCCCCGUGACUGAAACGGAACUCAUGCGUGACGAUGACCUAGUCCUACGGGCAAAAUGCUUUUACUACUCAAGAAAAGAGAGGCUUGCAGAGCCACUGAACUUCCUAGAUUAUAAGGCUUGGCUACGAGUGUCAUCGCCUUUAACAACAUCCCCGGGUUCGGAUGGGUUCAAGACCGUGUCUGAGCAAACCCAUUCUCCCUCAAAGCAAAUACCCGCACCCGCACAGCAGGAGCCGUCAUAUCCGUCCUCGUUUGCACAUAUAGUGGAUCUCAUCACCUCCGGUAAACCGGUCCCUGGCAUCCAACAAAUUCCGGACACGGUCUUAAUGGGUCAUGAUACCCCGAGUACCAAGCCAAAGAGACGCAAGCCGUGGGAAAAUGAGAGUGGUGAAACACACGAUAUGCGCCCAGUACAAGGUUGAAGAAGUUUGGGCAUCGAUGCGAGGUUUAAAUCACUCGUGGCGGCCGUGUCCUUGGGAACGUGAGCGGAAAGGUUAUGGAGCGAGUCCGUUCUUCUCUUACAGGUUCAGGGAAGUUUCGUAAAUACUGUGAAUUCCGUACUUUUAUGGGAAUAAUAGUCAACAGGGUUAGGAAUUGAUCAGAAAUGGGAC